AUGUUGUAUCUCCGUCUGCACAGUCUCAAGGCGUUCCCUGAGAGUGUUUUCCUGUUCCUGUCGGUGGACUAUUGCGGGGAGGCCCUAUGCUACGUCUGUCUGAGUCCCAAUCUCUACGAACCUAAUCUCUGUCUGAGUCCCUACCUCUGUCUGAGUCCCUACCUGUGUCUGAGUUCCUAUCUCUACGAACUCUACAUCGGUCUGAGUCCCCAGCUCUGCCACUUCAGUCUCAGUACCCUCGACUGUCUCUGCCCCUUCUGCUUUGAUGGCCUCACGAAGCUGCUUUAUCUUUACGUUCAGCUGUGA